UGCAGUACCGGGGGCGGCCGGGCGGUGGCGCGGUCGGGGGCGGCGGGGGCGCGCGCGGGGGAGCCUGGGAUCGGGGGGAAUCCCCCAGCACUGUGGAGCGGGCGAGCGAGCGAGGCGGCGGCGGGAGGCCGGAGUCACGCUGCAACAAUCCUGCGAGAAGCCUCACCAACAUCCCACCACCAUGUCGGAGGGUCAGCUGGAAGAGCCACUGAGCCAGGAGACGUUCCGCCAGCUCUGGGAUUCGCUUCAUGUACCUGGCUUCAGCUCCACUGAAGAGCCAGAGGACAAGAUGCUGAUGUGGCCGACCCUGGGUGAUGUGGAACUUGAAGAGUCUCUACUGAAUGUGGAAACUGGGCUGCUGGAUCCGUCCCCAGUGGCCUCCUCAUCCUCCUCCUCCCCUCAGGUGGGGCUGCCCAUGGAUGGCCCUGCUGCUGCCCACUCCUCCACUGUCCUGGCCACCACCAGCUACCCGGGACCACACCAGUUCCAGCUACGCUUCCAGAAGUCCAGCACGGCCAAGUCCGCCACCUACACGUUUUCCCCCAUGUUGAAUAAACUUUUCUGCCAGCUGGCCAAGACCUGCCCGGUCCAGAUCUGGGUGAGCUCCCCGCCACCUCUGGGCUCCCUCCUCCGCGCCACGGCCGUCUACAAGAAGUCGGAGCACGUCGCAGAGGUGGUGAAGCGGUGCCCGCACCACGAGCGCAGCUCGGAGAACGACGGACCUGCACCUCCAAGCCACCUGAUCCGAGUGGAGGGGGACAGCCAAGCGAAGUACGUGGAGGAUUCACACAGCAAGAGGCAGAGUGUGCUGGUACCAUAUGAGUCGCCACAGGUGGGAUCAGACUGCACCACCAUCCUCUACAACUUCAUGUGUAACAGCAGCUGUAUGGGGGGCAUGAACAGGCGGCCCAUCCUGUCCAUCAUCACCCUGGAGGGUCCCAACGGACAGCUGCUGGGCCGGCAGUGUUUCGAGGUUCGAGUAUGUGCCUGUCCCGGUCGCGAUCGCAAGAGCGAGGAGGAUAAUUUCCAGAAGCAGCAGGGAGCGUCAGCAGAGAAAUCUGGCCUUCCAGAGGCCAAGCGCACCUCCCAGGAUGUUGCUCAGGACAAUGCCGCCCCCAUCCCCAAGAAGAAGAAGCUGGUUCCUGACAACGAAAUCUACACCCUGCAGAUCCAGGGCCGAGAACGCUUCGAACUGCUGAAGAAGAUAAACGAGGCGCUGGAGGUGUCAGACCUGGUCCCCCCCAAUGUGGUGGAUGCCUGCAGACAAAAACAGAAGCCGCUCCAGAAGAAAGAGAAGGGGAGCGCAGAGAUGAAGAAAGGGAAGAAGCUGCUGGUGAAGGAUGCGAGAGAGUGACUCCCCGACUCCAGAUCGAGGGUCCUGCCCUCCGAAACGUUAACAUGAAACUGCCAGGCUUCACUCCCCUCCGAGACCUUCCCCUCCACGGUUGUGUCCUGUGGGCCCGGGUACCACUGACUGGGACAGUGUUUGUGCGAGUUAGCCCUUUCCCUUCCCUGCAGAGAGAAGGGCCGCUGGUUCUGGGCGAGCAGGGACCCUGCCCCGACUGAGAGCCCCACCACACACUAGAGAGAGGGCAAGGUUUCAGAGGGGGUGUGUUAGGAGUUUGAAUCGGACCAAAUUUUGGGGAUUACUCAGGAUUUCCCCAGCAUCUCUGACACUGCGUUCCCCACCCCCAUCACCAGGAUGACCCCUGUGCUCCGGGGAAGAAACCCCUCUAAGCUUUACUGAAAUCUCCUUUUGAUGAUCCAAAGAAGGGAGCCGAUGGCUCCUCAGCCUCUGGACCUCUACCAGCUUCAGCUAAACCCCUUCCGCACCUUCUCCCCUUACCCUCGAACCUCCCUGUCGUCUGCUGCCUGAAACUACGGCCACUCUCCUGCUGUAUCCUGCACCAGGCGACGUAUUCCCUUCGUCAGUCUUGAAGCUGGUUUCAACGGAUGCUGCCCAACCUGCUGAGUUCAUCCAGCGUGUUCCCUGUAGUACUCUCCCUCUCAGUGACAUCUCACCCCAGCCCAGUAUCCCAGGGCCUGUUGAUCCAAGGGAGCGCCUCCCUUUCGGGGAGACUGACCGUCAUGGGUCUGGGGGCAAUCUCCACCUCAAACAAAGGGCAUUUUGUUUACUACCCCCCCCCCCCCCACCCAACCCAGAUACAAGGUAUUUCCACAUCCCGACUUCCAAGAAUCGCAGGUAUGCUGUCUUCCUCGAGUGCGAUCAACAUGCUGUCACCGCCCUCCUGGGAGCCCACAGUGAAACUGGGGGCAGUUUUCACCCUCUGACAGUGACAGUGGGAGGUCGGAGCCACUCAGCCUGUUCCUUUGCAUGGCCAGUAAAGAUCCCGACUCAGCUGCUGCUGGCCAGUCCCGUUGAUGUCAGGGCGCUGGGAACAUUUCAGUGGCAGAUAGGACAGUGAGACUGUGCUGUGUCCACAUCCCACGGAGGCUAAACACUUCUGUCUUGCAGCUGCCCACAGGCCGACUCUGACUGGCCUCCGGACAACCCUCUGCUGGUUCAGAGCUGCCUGGUGGGGCUGGCAGAGGGUCAACUCCCUGUUUUAAUCUUUGUGGUUCAUUAAAGACCUUCCCAAGGUUCUCGCAAAGCUGCUUUGUCUUGUUUGGAACGCAUACGCGGUGUGUGAAAUGUACCACCCCAGUGACCAGCACAGACCAACCCACCCGAUGCCCUCCCAUUGUCUGCAAGAAGUUUUUUUACAUAUAAUCAACAAAUAAAAAUGCAUUGCAACCCC